AUGAAUUUGGAGGCUCUUUCGAAAAUAUUCAUCAUUGAUGCACCAAAAACAUCAUCUCUUGAAAAUUCAUAUUGUCCUCUCGACAGCAACACAUUUCCAGAAGAAUUCUUUUCAAAAUUUUGGUCACUUCCUGCCAGUCAAUACGAUGGAAGAGGUAAAAAAGUCUUUUCCACAGUUUCUCCGAAAUAUAUUAAAAUUUUGAAAGAAUUACAGUUGAGUGAAAAUGAUCAAGAAUAUUAUAACCAAUUGAUUCCUUACAAAUUGUCACAAAAAUCUGAAGAAGAAAUUUGUAAAUUGCCUCAAAAUAGUGUGGAUGAAUUAAGAUCGAAGAAGAUUUCGAACAGGAACAUUUUGUGCAUCAGCGGAUCAAAAAGCAUGGAUUUUAGAAUUGGAUGUGCAUGGGUCGACGAAUCGAGUUUUCAUUCAGAUGUUUCAUGGGCUACCUUUAACGAUGAAGGAAUACUUAUUCAAUCUCAACUCGGAUAUGGUUGGAAACCAACCAUUAAAAAAUCAUUCCGAGUUCGACAUUUCCAUCAACUCGCAAGUCCUGGUUAUAGUGUGUUACCGUACGCCAAUGGUCACAUGCCUGUUGAAAUUCUUCCAAGACUUGUUCGAAUGUACACUGAAUUACCAAAUGAUAUUCCCUUAAUAUGGCCGAAUAAUCCAGUUUCUUUGAAUUAUUAUCUCAUCAUGAAAGAAUUAGGUGUAAUCAGUGGAAAUAGAACAUUGGUAACUACUGAACGCAAUACAGUCAUGAGAGCGAACAAACUCUAUCUCUAUCAUGCCGAUGACGAUAAUUUUCCACACAUGAAUAUUUUGGAAUAUCUAAAUUUAAAUAGGAAAAUCAUGGAAGGAAUGGCAAGAAAAUUUCCAAGAAUGAUUCUCGAAUCGAAAAAGAAAACAUCCAAAAUCAUUACACUCAUUGAUCGAAAUGCGUAUGUGAGAAAUGUGAAAAAUCACAACUCGAUUUUACAAUUACUGAAAAAGACCUUUCCUCAACAUCAUGUACGAGAUUAUAUCAUUCAAAAACUAGAACCUUCUCAUUACAUUCAACAAGUGGCACGAGUCUUUUAUGAAAGUGAUAUACUCAUUUCUCCUCAUGGUGCAUCCUUAUCGAAUAUAUUAUUUUCGAGACCUGGUACAGGAAUUAUUGAAUUGGGAUGGGGCAAACUUCCUCAAGAUUACAUGUGCUUUUCAAGAAAUAUGAAACUCAAAUACACACUUAUUUGUGGUGAAGGACAUCACGAUUCUGAUUUAAUCAUUCCAGAGAAUGACGUCAUUAAUGCUGUGAAAACAAUUUUAACGGAUAUGGAAGAGUUGUAA